UCUGCAAGUUUCGAAGCGACGAUGGAGCUUUCAAACUCGUUUCUACCUGUGUUCCAUUCACCUGUGCAACUCAUUUGUCUUGUUGUUGUUGUUUUUUUCCCUCCCAUUUAUUCUAAACGGCAUCAACGUAUUCGAUACCCGCAUCCAUCGUUUGAGUGCAGUUGGCAAUCAAAACAUGUGGACGAGGAUCACAUCAGCUGGACCAGCAGACGCGCAGAAAUGGGCAGAAUCUUUUACUGCCCUUCUCUCGUCUAAACAUGGAUCUUCGCUUUACCACAGUUUUCUGCGAGGCGAAUUCAGCAACGAAAACCUCGAAUUCUGGCUGGCCGUUGAAGACUAUAAAAAUUCGAAACCGAAAGACAUGGCAGCUAAAGCCCAGCAAAUCUACAAGGACUUUUUGACUGUCCAAGCCUCCAAAAAGCAACAGGUCAAUUUGGAUGCCGAGACGAGAGCCAUUACGCUGGCCAACGUCCAAGCGGAUAGUCCUGACCAACACGCAUUCGAUCAGGCCCAGAGAAAGAUCCAGCACAUGAUGGAACGCGAUUCAUACCAACGUUUCCUCAAGUCCGACCUCUUUCUCCAAGUCAUCAAUGGAAAAAACUGGAAAAGAUUACUCUCAUUUUCUUCAUCUCUACCUUAACUCGAUUUGCGUUUUAAAAUGAUCCAAUUUCUUACCGAAAGCACAUCAAUUAUUUCUCCAACCGUUUCAAACUAUCUGGUCUAGUCUAAGGCAAAUACAAAAUACGCAACAACAUUCGA